AUGAGUAAUACUAAUAAUUCUAACGCCCCCAAUGUUAGCGAUUCUAAUGUUCCCAGUGUUAGCGAUUCUAAUACUAACAAUACUAAUAACUCAACAUCGUUCAAACAAAAAUCUUCUAGACCAAAAUCAUCUAAAACCAACCGCAAAAAUAAGAAAAAUAGUUUUAAUAAUUUGAUGACCUAUAAUCCCUCCUUAGAAGACGAUGACUAUAACGUUGAUAAUGGUAGAUUCUGGGAAAAUCUUUCGAGAGAAAAAUUAGAAAAAGAUAGAGAAAAUGACGACAAUAUUAUUAAUCCUGGUAAACGGAACGAAAUGUUAGAUCAAAUGUGA